AUGGACGCCUCAAGGAACAAAGUCGCAGUAAUCGGACUCGGUGCCUUUGGUAUCGUGUCUCUGAAGAACCUUGUCGAAGAGGGUUUCGAAGUGACCGGAUUUGAGCGUAAUCCCUAUGUUGGUGGUCUUUGGAAGUUUACCCGAGAGGACAAGACUUCUGUGUUGCCGACAACUGUUGUUAACAUUUCGAAAGAAAGAGGGUGUUUCACAGACUUCCCGUUUCCUGAUGCGACAACUAGUCAACCCUCGGCCGAAGAGGUGGCGCAGUAUCUAGAGGCCUAUGUCGAUCACUUCAAGCUGCGAUCAAUGAUGCGCCUCAACACAGUUGUCACUCAUGUGUCACAUGAUGAUGCCCUCAACAAAUGGAUCAUUGAAAUCUCUGAUUCGCCCAAAGAAAUGUUUGAUAGGGUCAUCAUCGCCACGGGAAUGAACCAAACACCCAAUUAUCCGAAUGUCAAAGGGAUCGACCAGUUCAAGGGCGAAACGCUCCACUCCAAAUCUUACAAAAGCCCAGAAAACUUCGCAGGGAAGAAAGUGUUGGUUUUCGGUUUGGGAAACACCGGCGCUGACACUGCAACAUCACUUGUGGGCCAUGCAAGUGAGAUAUACGUUUCUCACCGAGAGGGUGCUCUCAUCCUUCCUCGAACCAAUAAAGGUCGUCCAAUAGACCACACACUCAACAUUCGCUUGAUCACUUUCCAAAGGCUUCUUGAGCGAUUCUUCCCAAAUCUAUCUGAACGCCUUUUCAAUAGCUUUGUCAAAAAGCUGCAGGAUUCUGCAUUCAAGAUCCGUCCUGAGUGGAAUCUCUCACCAGCUCCCUCAAUCAAAACCAGCACCCCAGUCGUGUCAGACGAGAUUGUUCCAGCCCUUGAGAGUGGUAAAGUUGAAUCUGUAUCGGGUGUCAAAUGUGUAACCGGGCCAAAUGAAGUUGAGUUGAUGGAUGGGAGGACUUUGAAGGUGGAUGCUAUCAUCUACUGCACUGGAUACAAACCCAACUUCAGUCUACUGGACCACGAAGCUGAUCCAACAGCUGAUACCACACCGAAGUGGACUGCGUCCCAGGGGUCUAGGGGCAAACCACUGCCUCGCUUGUAUCAGAAUGUUCUGUCUCUCAAGUACCCGAACUCACUUGCAUUCAUGGGAUGCGUGGCAUUUGCAACGGGGGCAUUCGUUCUAUAUGACCUGGCGUCCAUGGCUGUCGUGCAGAUCUGGAAGGGGAACUCGGAUCUUCCAUCUCAGGACGAGAUGGAGCGGGCGGUUGACGAGCACCAUGAUUGGCUGUGUGACCUUGUAAAGAAAAGCAAUCUUGUCAAUGGCCAUUCUUGGUCAGCAUGGGCGGACAAGAUGGCUGGAACUGGGGUUGACGAAUAUCUGGGGUGGGGUUGGAAGGGAUGGCGUUACUGGCUCAAGGAUCGGUCUUUCUGCAAUCUCCUCAUGGGUGGCAUCUACAGUCCACACAUCUACCGCUACUUCGAUGGCAAGCGAAGUCGGUGGGAUCGAGCGAGGGAAGAGAUUGAGAAGGUGAACGACGAUAUUUCCAGAAACAGACCCAAAACCGAAUAG